AUGCUAGCUGUCUGGUCUCAGACAUGCUUUCUUCAGUCCACUUGCGUCUUUGAGCCCAAAUCAGCUGCAGAUGUUGCCGGCGCUCUUCAAAUUCUGCAGGCUACGAACACUCAAUUCGCUGUUCGAAGCGGAGGUCAUCUGGCCAAGCCAGGAUCCAAUGGAAUUACUGAUGGGGUCUUGAUAAGUAUGGUCCAAUUUCAAACAAUGCAGUUGGUGGACGGAAGUAAAACUGCUCAACUGGGAGCUGGCCUGCGGUGGGGCGCUGUCUAUGGUUGGCUUGCACCUCACGGCCUUGGGAUAGCUGGGGGCAGAUUCGGUGAUGUGGGUGUUCCGGGCUUACUACUAGGUGGGGGCAUUAAUUGGGUUGGCUCACAAUAUGGCUGGGCCUUCAACAACAUCCGCAAUUAUGAGGUGGUCCUGGCUAGUGGAGCAAUUGUCAAUGCCAACAGUAGCUCACACUCCGAUCUUUUUUGGGCACUCAAGGGAGGCUCCAGUAACUUCGGAAUUGUCACACGCUUUGAUAUCGCCACCUACGAAGUGACUGAUAUCUACGGAGGUUUGGCAGAGUAUGUUUAUACACCGGGGAACUAUGACCAGUAUGUGCAUGCUGUAGCCAACUAUCUGGCACCUUAUGGAGGGUCUGAUAAUGCGAUGUCGGCUAUUGACCCGAUCACCAUAAUUACUCCCAGCACUGGAGAAUUCCUCUAUGCAAAUUACUUCUUCCACAGAGGGUCUGAUCCUGCACCGGCUGCGUUCGCCAACUUUACAAAUAUUCCACCAGCCUUUACGGAUGUCAACAUGCGGCCGAACCUGGCAGCGUUCCAAGUCGCCUCUUUCCUUUUAUCCCCCUUUUUUAACUUAACACCCCUAUUACUUUAA